AAGACGUGAAAAGCAGCGACAUAAUGCCACCGUGAAGUUGGGCCUUGAAGGGCAGAGUUAUAAAAACCGCACUAUAGCUGUUGAGUAGGAGGAUAUGUACAGAUUGCAGAGAAUGGAGAUAGUACCUGUAAUAAUGUCAGCAAACGGUGUAGACAUGAAGGGGUUGCAGAAGGCUGGAAAAGUCUGCAGUUUGGUGAAAAACAUUCUUAGAACAAUGCAGGAUGCCGCUUUAUAGGGUACGGCGAACAUCGUCAAAAACUGUUUGAGUCUUGAGUAAGCUAGAAUGAAGGGUGAAAGAAGACAUCACCACAACCAUCAAUACAGGAGGACUACAAAGGUUGUUUAGAACACAGAAUGAAGGAGUUCUUCUCUGUAGCUCCAUACACAGUAUUUGUACAGACAAGUUGUGUAUUUGGCAGAAAGGCCCCGUUAUUUCUUGUAAAGUAAAGGAAUAACAAAAAAAGUGCAAUAAUAAUGUUUUUUUUAACCGAAAACGUUCCAUUCGGUUCCUGUGCCAAAUAAUAUAAUUCAUUAAAAAUCACGGUUUCUGUUUCCUUCUUUCUUUGUUCGUUAUUUAAUUCUGAUCACUGAAGCCAUACUGUAGCCCUGAAAGUCUAUUCUAACAUAAAUAGGAUCUUUUCAGGGAAGUUUGACUUCACAAUAAACAUAAUUUAAUUUUUGAAGAGUGUGUUUAAUCAUCCCGUCUUUCCGUAUCUGGCCCAAAACAACUAUUCUUCUCACCUAAUGUGCACGUCGAGACCUUACGACAGACUAGCUAAUAGUGCCGGCGCGUGAUGAUUUCUGCGUAUCGGCAGGCAGUGAGAACACAAAAAUCCGAAUACUAAUCGCCUCAACAACACUACUAACAGUGUUUCAUAGUUUUCACAAAUUAACUUAUAUACACCCUAUCGUUGCACGGUGCUGAACAAGCUGGUAAAAUUUCAUGUCAAUCCGAGUAUCCAGCAUGGCAAAGGUCGUCAGAAAUACUUACGUUCAUAUUAACCCGCCAAUUUAUUCACAUGACGUCUCUGGUCCAGCGCAGAGACAUUAAAAAUACAUCCACUGUCAGAGAAUAUAUAACCUGCUGUUCCAGAGAAUACAAUUUUGCCUCUACAUUCAUGAUGAAAACUCUUUCGAUGCUCAUUUGUUAUUCUCGACAUAUACUUGUUAGCAGUCAUAUCGAUUCUGUACAUGGACGGGAAAUUGUCAAAUUUUGACAACGCACACAUGGUUAUGACCGGUUAUGACAAUCGUGGAUACGUGUUGAUGAUUUGUUGGUCCAUAAAUUAAAUUGGCUUAAGUUUGCGAAUCCAAAUGUAAAUACUACAAGUGUGCUUUGUCUAUCAAUAUGAUCAAAGCAAUUUUGGUGUUCAAUAACCAUGGAAAACCUCGCAUGUCAAAGUUCUACCAAUAUUUUAAUGAAGACAUGCAACAACAAAUUAUUAAGGAAACAUUUCAACUCGUUUCAAAAAGAGAUGACAAUGUUUGCAACUUCCUAGAAGGUGGAAGUUUAAUUGGAGGUUCUGAUUAUAAAUUAAUAUACCGUCACUAUGCUACAUUGUAUUUUGUUUUCUGUGUGGAUUCGUCCGAAUCAGAACUUGGCAUUUUAGACCUUAUUCAAGUGUUUGUGGAAACAUUGGACAAAUGUUUUGAAAAUGUUUGUGAAUUGGACUUAAUUUUUCACGUUGACAAGGUGCACUACAUUUUGAACGAGCUAGUAAUGGGAGGCAUGGUGCUGGAAACAAACAUGACUGAAAUUCUUACAAGAAUAGAAGAUCAAAACAAACUUGAGAAACAGGAGGCAGGGUUGGCUGCAGCUCCAGCAAGAGCUGUCUCUGCUGUCAAGAACAUGAACAUUCCUCAACAGAUCAAGGACAUGAAAUUACCCGAUCUUCCUCAGGCCAUUAAAGAUCUGAAAUUCUGACCUCGGGGAACCAUGGCUGCUGACCUUAGCUGACCGCCCUUAGGUGAUCGAGCAGAGGAGGCAGCUCUGGUUCAGCAUCCAUAUUGUUCCUAGUGCACAAAAUGACAUGUCGUGUGAUGGCUUUCUUAUACUCAUUCACAAAGAAUCUGUGAAACAAAUACUACUUAUCCAAUGUAUACUUCUUUAUUUUAAUUUCUGUUUUCUAUUUUGCAUUAUUUAUAUAGUUACUUUGUAAAGAAAUGUCUCAUGUUAUUUAUUGAUGUUGAAAACUAUUAAUGAAAAAGUGAGAGUUAUUUUUAAAAGUUUGUCUUCUUUGUGAAAGCAUUGUUAAAGAAUGAUCUUUAGAUUGUAAGUGCAAUUACAUAAGUUAUAUUUUGGUAUUGAAUGAAGUAUAUUGUGCAGUAUAUAUUGUGCAGAUACAUCUCUUGUAGGUGGGUUAAAUUUGUUUUCUUGUGCUUCCUUUUGCAGUCUAAGCCCAAAAGUUCCAAUUUUAAUGUUCAGUUUCAUGUCUUCACCUUUGAAAUUAUUGUCUUAUGAGGUUAAUUUGCAUUGAAAAAUCACUUGUCUACCUACCUCAAAUUGCAGACAAAAUACAAGUACUUAGAAUAAACUCGAUAACAUUAUUCUUUCUUGAAUUAUGGUAUCGUUAAUAGUGUAGUUGCUCAUUAAUUUCAACAAAAACUAUUUCUGAAUUAUAAGAUCCUUAACUGUUACUGAAACUUUAAUCGUUCAUCACAUUUGGAAUUAUUAAUUUCUUUGUUGUUGAUAUUAGCUAAUUUGCUCAUAAAGGAGAGCAUUGCUGAACAUAUUCCAUAUGUUAUGGAAUACAUUUAUUUCUAAUAGACAGGAAAUGAAACUAGUACUACUAACUAAAUUUAUUCAAUUUUUCAGUUUUUUGAAGAAACUUAUGAAGCUUGAAUCUUCUUUACUUUGAACUACGUAUAAGUAAAAUUAUUGUCAUAAAAUUUCUUUAAUAUUAAUGUGUAAAGUGUAUAGAUUGACAAUCUAAUUUAGGUAAUUAAUGAUAGCAGAAUCCCCCAAAUGAAGAAAUAAAUUAAAUUAAUACAUUUAAAUGUAUAGAAGCAAAUCUUUUGUGCUUGCAUAGAAGACUUUGUCAAGUACAAGCAGCACCUUUUAUUUUAAAUAUUGCUGCACUCUGUAAGGCGAAGUAUGGUUAGCGGAAGAAGAUUAUCUUCUACAUCUAGCUGUUGUAAUAAUUCUCAAUCCCCAUUUAUAGUAUCUUCAAUAUACUGAAUUGAUAUAAACUUUGAUUUUACUGAUAAAGAAGGGAACACCAAAGGAAAAGAACUGAAAAUUAAAUUCGUAAUGCUUUAUACUUUUAUUGAUUGUUGAUGUUAUAUUUGCUCUUUGAAUGUUUCACUGAUUAUAUCAGAUACAGUAGAAUAAGACUUUUAAAAAGUGUUGUUCUUCUCUACAGUUGGUUCAGAGAAUCUUACGUAGUAUCAUCAAACCGAUAAGGGUAAUAGGGCAGAGAACACCUUUGAAAUUAAUUAAUUCUAUAGGUAAACUGCAUUGAAAAGAGCCUUGCACUGUGCAUGCCUUAAAUUACGAUCCCUUCCAUUGUUCAACAUGAUGUUGCCAUAUGUUUGGUUGAUAAUAUUGGAGCACGAUGAGUACAUAGGUGUAGGGCACCUAUUGCAUCCCAUCAGUUGAGUGAAGCCAUAUGGGAAGCGCAGGUGGUUCCUCUGCCCUCAAGGACAUAUUCUACAUGGUACAUCUAUAAUACUAUUUUAUUGUGUGUAGUUAUAGAAUUUUUAAUGAAAGAUUAGUACUUGAUUAUAUUUCCUUGAUUAUAGUAUUACUUGAUGUAUGGUAUUUUUCUUUAGAAACGACUAAAGACAGAAGUUUCAAGCACUAUCAUGUCCUUAAAUGUGCACCCAAACCUGUUCUGUCAAAUAAUAAUACCAAAUAGCUUGAUUAAGGGUAAAAAUUAAUGCCAUGCACUACCAAAUUGAAGUAUUUUUCUGAUUUUCUAUUUUAUUUUAGUGCUUUUUGUAGCAGUGCUGGUGUUUUGAGUGACAAAAAUAAUCAUUGUUUUCUGUUCUUUUUUUUUGUGUUAAAAUAAGCUUAAAACCAACUGAAACUGAUUAAGAGCGGGUAUUAAAGGUCAAAAUUUGCCAUUCCUCCAGUUCACACUUGCAAGGCCAGAGUCUUGCCGCGUGAAAUAAGGCAUUGAUUCAUUUCAAAUUCAAUUAAACAAUAUUAUCUCAUCUGUAUGGAAUGUGUUCUUUGCCAACAAUGCAUGGGAAUUUUCAUCAUUUUGUCGAGUGCUGUCAUAAGGAGCAGUGUCUCGGCACUUUGAAUAUGCUCUUGUGGCAGUGUGAACCUAGUUUAUCCUUAUACCUGCCUAUGGUCGGCUGACUGACCUAAUUGACCUGACUUAACUGACUGACCUGACUGACUGAACUGACUGGACUGUCUGAUUGAUUGAUUUACUGACUGACUCACAGAAAUGUGCUACAAUUCUUUCACUAUCCAUUGUAAUGUGAGUGUAUAUUGAUCAGUUACAACUGAUUACAAACAUAAAAGAAAUAUUUGGAAUGUGUAUUUCACUUCACAACAAAAUCAGUUUGUAGUUCCUUUUUUUCCUAACUUUUCAGAAUUUUAAAAUAUGGCAGCUUAGUAAUAAAAUGAGCAAUGACAUCUGUCCAUUGUCAGAUUCUGAGAAUAUACUAUUAUGUUUUAUAUACAUUAAUUUGUUAAGAUUUAGUUUGCAAAAAUUUUAAUAAUAUAGGUAAAAGUGUGAUUAUGCAAUAUUAUUCAGAAAAGUAUAAACAUGCAUUUUACAUGAAUUUUCCCCCAAAAAAUUUGCAUGCAAACAUGCACAAAAAAGUGUAUAUUUUUUAAAUGAGCUUACCAUGAAGCACAAGUUGAAGAACCAUAUAGCAACAUGCAUUUGCAUGGAAAUCUUGUCUUUAGUAAGGACUCCUUUAACAUCUUGUCCUUUUGGGAUGGUUCCAUUUGCUGUCAAUUUUGAAUUAAAGUCGUACAUAUUGCAAGAGUAGUUUCUUCUUUACUUAUAUUAUAUAUAUGAAGGUCAGUUUGCCAGAUAAAUUGAAAACUUGUUGCGUUUUAUGUUAUCUUAAAAUUUUCUUUCCAUUUGUUAAAUCAAUGUGUAAUUCAUGUAUGCUUUCUUGAGCUCUCAUUUCACAAAUGUGAGGGAAUUGGUUGUUUUUUUAUCAAAUCUGUAGCUCGUUGUUCAAUGCAAAUAAUUUCUGGUUACCAGAUGUCAACAGUGCUUGUUGCUAUCUUUUAUUCGUAAUUCAGCUAAAGGUAAAGGAGAGGAGUAGGGAUUCUGGAGCUCAAGAAAACGUGUGUACAUGUUAUAGGGAAAUAUUUACGUGAAUUACAUGCGAAAUUUAGAAAACCUAUUGUUCAUGUGUAAAUUAUUGCCCACUAUCUGUUACAAAAAGCAACUGAUUGCUACAUGUGCUGUAUAUUGUGAUAAGUAGAUUUCAUAAAAAUAAAUACAGAAUAUAUUAUAUACUUGAUAAAUAAUAUGCGAGAAAACUGUAUACUACUUCGUAUUAUUCUUUGCUCCUCAAAAAUGUGCUCUGCUACUCAUAAUUUACUUGCACUGUUUAAUGAUGAAGAAAAAUUUAAUAACUUUUUAUGGUGUAGAAGACAUAAAAAUUUUGAACUGGGGUGAUACAAAACUUUAUAAUAUACUGCAUCUGUGUGUCUGCUCACCUGUACACCAGUAAUGAGAUUGCAGAGUUGAAAGUGAAUAAACUUUUUCUUCAAUCAAAGUUACCAAUGUAUAAACUGGAAGAUGUAUUGAAAGAUCUGUCCUAAUAACAAAAAGACUUAUUCAACAUUUUGAUAAUCUCUGAUGUAUUUUUAAUUAUUCCUCUGUUUUUAUGGAAGUGUGUUAUCAAAUAAAUAUUGAUUAUAUUUGAAUUAAUUUGUUAGUCCUAUUUAUUAAAAUACUUCUUUUCCAAUGAGAAACAACAAUAGUUGCAGAUCAAAUACCUUGAUCUUUUAAAUUAUUUCCGUGCAUCCUAAAUCAGGAUUGUUAUCCAUUUUUAAUUUGUAGUGUCGUGUGUGUGAUUUUUUUUUUUAUCUCUAUUCCUUAUGUUGUAUGGUUAUUAACAUGGUUUUCUUUCCAGACAUACCCUCUUUUUGUAUCUUUAAAUUUUGUAAAAUCUUUGUAUUUCUCGUAAUAAUUUCAUGUAGUUAACAGGACAG